AUGUUUGGAGCUCCUUGGAUCUGGCGUCGAUGUACAAAUACAUACCUGAAGCCCGGUGGACGGAGGCUAUUGCGCUUUGCCAGCACGACCAGCCAUGCCUCCUUUUCUCCAGCACUGCUCGCGCGGGCGCGCAGCAUGGCCUCAGAACACGAUAAAUUGAGCCAGGAAACAUCCGAAAACUUUGAUGCAAAGAUAUCAAGACGAAUUGGAGAGUUAAAGAGUGUUGCAAUGGCAUUGAAGGAGUGGGAGGACACGCAGAACUCGCUCUCUGAGCUCAACACGCUCCUCGAAGACCCUACGACGGAUUCAGAACUUCGCGAGUUAGCUGUUGAGGACCUCGCCACAACAGCUUCUCAAUUGGAUACGCUAUCACGCAAUUUGGCUACUUCUCUUACGCCCAAACAUCCUUUCGAAGACCUACCCUGCCUCCUAGAAAUUCGACCAGGAGUUGGGGGUGGAGAGGCUGGCUUGUUUGCUGGGGAUCUGUUGAGGAUGUACAGGGGGUAUUGCCAGAAGAAGAACAUGCGUUCGUCGCUGCUGAAGUUUGAGACUGAAGAUGGAGGCAGUGAUCUCAGCGGCGAUUCGCCUCUACAAGAAGCAAUCCUCGAGAUUGAAAGUCCAGGCGCGUAUGGGAAACUGCGAGGCGAAGCUGGUGUACACCGGGUGCAGAGAGUACCUGCAACUGAGAACAAGGGCCGGACACACACAAGCGCUGUCGCUGUGUUGGUCCUCCCAAGCUUACCAACUUCCGGCACCGAGGGCCAAGAGGUCUGGGAAGCAGAUUUGAAGGAUCCGAAUAGUGAUUACUAUGUUAACCCUACGGAUGUUCGAACAGAUGUUAUGAGGGCACGUGGAGCGGGUGGUCAGCACGUUAAUACUACGGAUUCCGCGGUUCGGUUAACUCAUAUUCCUACCAAUACGGUAGUUAGCAUGCAGGAUAGCAGAUCCCAGCAUCAGAAUAGGGAGAGAGCCUGGCAGUUGUUGCGGUCUAAGAUUGCUCAAGCUAGAAGAGAGGCAAGAGAGGAGGAAGUUACCAGGUUGAGGAGAGGCGUGAUUGGCGUUGCGAAGAUGGGUCGGGGAGAUAAAGUCCGAACUUAUAAUUACGGACAGCAGAGAGUCACAGAUCAUCGAAGUGGACUUAGCGUUCACAAUCUCGAUGAUGUGAUGGAAGGAGGAGAUGAACUGGACAAGAUCAUCGACAGCGUCAAGACCUGGCUGGGAGAGCGAGAAAUUGAAGGAUUGCUCGCCGAAGACGAGGCAGCAGCAGCAGGAAACGGCAAGAAGUGA